UUAGCCGCAGGUCACGUGGGGGUGACUCUGACGUCAGGAGCAGCGGGCGAUGGUCCGGUGUUGGUUGUCAGGGCAAGUUGCGUGUGCGGUUGCCGGUGGUCGGAGUGUUGAGACCCGGGAGCGAUGAAGCAGAAUGGCGCGAUCAAUCCGAUUAACGUGGACGCUGAUUCCAGGGGCCAGGGCGGGGCUGCCGAGCCGCCGCUACCACCAUCGCCGCCGGCGGCAGCAGCUCCAUCGUCCGCUGUCGGCUGGAGCCUGAGGCACAAAUGUGCCGCGUACAUGUUGGCGCUUCGACCCUGGAGCUUCAGCGCCUCACUCACCCCCGUGGCCCUGGGCACGGCGCUGGCCUACAAGAACCUGGGUGAGCUGGACGUGCCCAUCUGCCUACUGGCGGCGCUGGCCGUGUUGGCCGUGCACGGAGCCGGCAACCUGGUCAACACCUACUACGACUUCAGCCGCGGCAUCGAUCACAAGAAGAGCGACGACCGCACGCUGGUGGAUCGCAUCCUGGAGCCGCAGGACGUGGUGCGGUUCGGAGCCUUCCUCUACACCUUGGGCUGCCUCUGCGCCUUGUCCCUCUAUUACUUGUGCAAGCUCAAACUCGAGCAUUUGGCUCUCAUCUUCUUCGGGGGACUGUCCAGUUCGUUUCUGUACACUGGAGGUAUUGGAUUUAAAUACUUUGCCCUUGGUGAUAUCAUCAUUCUGAUCACCUUUGGACCACUUGCUGUGAUGUUUGCCUAUGCUGUUCAAGUGGGUUACUUGGCGAUCUCCCCGUUACUUUAUGCAAUUCCUUUAGCCCUCAAUACAGAAGCUAUCUUGCACAGUAACAAUACUAGAGACAUGGAGUCUGAUAAGCAAGCUGGGAUAGUUACCUUUGCCAUUAUUAUUGGACCAACGUUAUCUUAUAUUGUGUAUAACCUACUAAUAUUUAUACCGUAUAUUAUAUUUUGUAUUUUAGCAACUCAUUAUACAAUCAGCCUCACGUUGCCACUUUUGACUGUGCCUUUGGCAUUUUCACUUGAACGACAAUUUCGAAGCCAGCAUUAUGCCAAAAUUCCCCAGAAGACUGCAAAACUGAAUUUUUUACUGGGAUUAUUCUAUGUAUUUGGUAUUGUGUUAGCUCCACCAGGAACCUUGCCAAACUAAAAAGGCAGACUCAUUUCUAAAUGGCAGCGUCCAAACUGAAGUUGAUUACACUUUGGUUUUAAUUUUGAAGUCUGAGCUUUGAAAAGAUAAUGUUCUAACUGAGCCCCAGUUCCUGUUAAAGUUCACAAACUCUUUCGUUAAACGACACCGCUUUCUAUCGUCAAGCAAAGGCACAUAUGGAAAAAUAUUUGAUAAUGCGUUGCAUUCUCAGUGACGAAGUGGACUAGAACAAUGGUAUUGGCGUCAUGAAAAUAAUUUUGUUUCGUUUUGCUUAAGUUGUAAAGACAAGUGCAAUGUUAGCAUUGUGUUAUGGUUAUAUUUCAACUGGAUACUGCAAUGGCUUUUUUAAAGCAUUUUGCCUUAUCCUAAGCAAAGUUUUAUUUAAUCACAGAAUAUAAAUUUAAGUGUAAUGUCCAAUUUUCAAUAUCAGAGCUUUAUUUUAUGCACUUAAACGGUUACCAGUGAAAACCAUUCAUGGCUUGUAAUGUUAUUUAUAGCCUGCCAUGUGAAAUUAGAUUGCAUAUUUUAUAUUAUGACUAUAAUGUUGAUGCCAUUGGAGUUUUGUCCCAUUGUAUGUAUCAGCAUGUCCAGAUCGUAUAAGUUAUACAAUUAAUAUUUGGCAGCACAAAUGAUGCACAUAUAAAUUAUAGGAACUGAGAAAAAUGGGUCUAGGAAGUAAUAACCUAA